AUGACGUCCUCGGACCUCCGCGAUGUUCUUAACCUAGGAGAUUCGUCGUCUGGACCUCGACCGUCAAAGAAGCAAAAGACGUCUGCGUCUCGGCCCAGUCUCAAAGGCCUUGCCCGCGAAGUGCUCAACCUCGGAGGCGACAACCCGAUCGCGAUUGUUCCCCAGGCCUCUCACUUCAAAAAACGGCGCCUGGCCAGCCGAAAGCCCACGGCUCGAUGGGAACUCAGACCGUUCAGGAACUCGGGGCGCCAGGACGCAAGCUUGAUACUGAGGCACUGGAGACGGAAGGAGGCGAAAGAGCCCCCCGCGGGCCUUGCGGGCCAGCAGCACGGGCAGCAAGCGGGAGGCGCAGGGGCGACCGAGCCCGAGGAGGCUGUGGAAGAUUCCACGUUUGCAAAGUUCAACGUCAAGGUGCAGGUCCCCCGGUACAGCGCGGACCAGUACCGGGUCUCGCUCGAGAACGACGACUGGACCAAGGAGGAGACGGACUACUUGAUGGACAUGGCGAGCGACUUUGAUCUCCGCUGGACCAUCAUCUGGGACCGGUACGAGUGGACACCGGCCGCGACGAACGGCGAGACCGACGCAGACGGCGACGAGGGCAAGGCCAUUGUGCCUGCUGCGAGGCCCCGCUCCAUGGAGGACUUGAAGGCCAGAUACUACGAGGUCGCUGCCAAGAUGAUGGCGGCGCACAAGCCCGUUCAAUACAUGACGCAGCAGGAAUACUCGUUGCACGAGCUCAUGGCGCAGUUCAACCCUAAGCAGGAAAAGCUGCGCAAGGAAUUCGCCAUGACCACGCUGUCGAGGUCCAAGGAGGAAGCCCGCGAGGAAGAGUCGCUGCUCCUCGAAACCAAGCGCAUCCUGGCGAGGAGUGAGCGGUUCAACGAGGAACGGAGGGAGCUGUACAACAGGCUGGAUUACCCGAGGGCCGAGGCCGACAUCAGCUCGUUCAAGUCCUCGGCCGGUCUGCAAACCCUGCUGCAGAACCUCAUGAGCGUAGACAAGUCCAAGAAGAGAAAGUCCAUUCUGGGCACCGAGGGAGCCAGCACGCCGGCCGCAGCAGCAGCGGCGGCGGCGGCGGCGGCCACGGCGGCCCAGAGCGCUGCGGCGGCGGCACCCGCCGAGUUUGGUGGCAAGAGAGACAGCAACGCGGCCUCGAACGCCGCCACGCGCGAGUCCACUGCUGCCACGUCGACACCGACCGCUGCCAGCAAGAAGGCGCAGCAGCUGGAAAAGCAGCACCAGCACCAGCCCCUGGUUCGGCGAAAGCUCAGCAGCCACGAAGAGGCCGUGUAUGGCGUCACGCACCACGACAGACUCGGCUCCGGCCCCACCUUUCGGACCGAGAGAAUCAACAAGCUCUUCUCGCACAAGUCCAACCAGCAGCAGUUGCGUAUUAACAAUACCCUCAACGAGCUGGACGUGCCUGCCAAGCUGGCCAUGCCGACCGCCGCCACGACGCUGCAGUACGAGCAGCUGCUCGCGGCCGUGAACAGCCUGCUGGACGCCAGGAAGGUGUCGGACAAAUUCGACGCCGAGAUCAAGAUGGAGCAGGCCAAGAAGGCGGACCGGGAGAGGACGCAGGCUCCCGGCCCGACGCUGUCGGCCGGGUCCAGCAGGAAGCCGGCGGCGGACAAGAGCCAGCCCUCGGAAACCAGCAGCGCCGCAGAGGCGAGAGCUCCCGCUGGCCUGGCGCGGCCGGAAGCUCAACCGGCCGCCGCCGCCGCCGCCGCCGCCGCCGCCAACAGGAGCGAGGGGCCCAGGGAUCGGCCUCGGCCGGCUCCCAGGGGAGGCGAAGAAGAAGCCGGGCCUGCCCAAGGCGACUCAUGCGCGAAACCGGCGGGGAAUGGACCGACCGCGGGCAAGCCAGCCGAGGAUGAUGGAACCAACGGCAAAGGCGCCCCCAGGCCGGGCGGCAGCAGUGGUGGUCACAAACGAAGUGCGAGUGUGCUCAGCGCCGUCAGCGACAAGAGCGCUAAACGGCAAAAGAAGCAGUAA